AUGAAAUACAACAGAGAAAAUCUUAAGAAAGCAUUCAAUGCUACUUUGGAGGGGAUGUCGGUGUACAAGGCAGCAAAGGUGUGUAGUGUGCCAGAGUCCACUCUAAGAGACAGAACUUUAGGAAUUGUUCCCAUUGAUGUGUCAAUUGGGUUUACACCUAUCUUCAACAGAGAGGAAGAAGAAAAACUGGUGGCACAUAUUAAAUACAUGGCUGAUGUGGGUUACGGCUACAACAAAAGAGGAGCUCGAGAAUAUGCAGCAAGUUUGGGAAAAGAUCUAACACAGCAAAAGUCAAACUCAUCAACCUUAAGUAAUUGUUGGUUUUAUGGGUUCUUGCACAGAUGGCCAGAUUUGAAAGUAGCAUCUCCACAGAAAUUGACAACCUGUAGAGCAGAGGCAGCAUCUAGGCAUAAACUUAAUUCCUAUUACAAAGAACUGUCAUCCAUAAUGACACGGCACAACAUUAGACAAAGCCCUGAGCAAAUUUAUAAUAUAGAUGAAACUGGAAUCAGCACAGAGCACAAUCAACCAAAAAUUAUUUGUAGUAAAAGCACAAAACCACAAGCCAUUACAUCUGCUAGAUCAUCACUUACCACCACCAUAGCUGCUGGAAAUGCAAUUGGAAAUCAUUUGCCACCAUUCUAUGUGUUUAAGGGGAAAAGAUGGUCGGAUGAUUUACUGAAAGGGUCUGUUCCUGGGGCUGAGGGCAUCAUGACAGAGACUGGAUGGUCCAACACACAAGUAUUUGAAAAAUACUUGACUGAAUUCUUUGCAAAGCACACGGGAAUCAGUGACAGUAGGAACCAGAGGUCUGUUUUGGUAUUAUAUGAUUGGCACAAGUCCCAUGUCAGUCUCACCUUAACAGACUGGGCGAAGCGACAUAAUGUCAUUUUAUUUGUCCUGCCGCCCCAUACAAGCCACCUUACCCAGCACUUAGAUGUUGCUAUUUUCGGUCUAUUGAAAUCUAUGUAUAAUAAAGAGUGUCAGAUGUUUUUACAAAGAAAUCCUGGAACCAGUAUCACAAAACAUCUAGUUGCUGAACUUACAGCAAAACCUUAUCUUAGAGCCUUAUCACCUGAAAACUUAACAUCAGCAUUCAAAAAGACAGGAAUCUAUCCAUUUAACAACAAGGUCAUUUCAAAUUCAGAAGUUGCUCCAUCCAUCAUAUACGAGCACAAUCAAGACAAGGACGAUACUGACAACAACAAAGAUCAAACCUCUACAAAGUCGAAAAAAUCUGGGAAGGAAAACAUUGAGAUAGACUAA